GUGAUGGCCGUGCAAGCGCAAUACCCUGCGAACUUUCUGCUUCAUAGAAGAGGGGAGACGGAGAGGAGCAACAAGGAGAUGGAAGCGAACUUGCCACCUCCUCUUCUCGAGCAAUCUCUUGCUUACUUCUCGAGCAAUGAAGGCAAUGUGAAUCUGAGGAAAAGGGGAAGAGAGUCGGCGAUGGCUGCGCCGGUGGCCGUGGCAUCACCGCAGCAGCAGAACACGAGUGUCUUCUCCAUGCAAGCUCCGCAGAGGGUCUUCACACACUCAUUACUGGGCGUCGCGCAGCUCCAACCAUCGACAAGCCUCCGCCUUGCCUUUAAAGAUCAAAACCAGAGUCAGAAUCAGAGAAAACAAACUGAUUCCAUCCUCUCCCUCUUUUCCAAAGAGUUGGCCACUGAAAUUAACCAACAGAAACUUGAAAUCGAGCAGUUACUCAUAACUCAGGGGGAGCAGCUGCGGCGAGAAAUAGCGGAUAAACGGCAGCAUCACUACCAGAUGCUCCUCGCAUCAGUGGAGAAAUUGUUUGGGGAUAAGCUUCGAGAGAAGGAAGCCGAGGUUCAGCUCGCCGCACGUCGAACCGCCGAGCUCCAAGACAGACUCGCUCAUCUCCGCACGGAGUCCAUGGCUUGGCAGGCUAAGGCCAUCGCGGAGCAAACGGCAGCCUCUCCAGCUGCAGCAGGCGGCCGCGGCUGCAGCGCUCGCGGGAGAGGAGUGCUCCGGGGAGUCAUUCGCCGAGGAUGCGGGGUCGGCCUACGUCGACCCGGACCGGUCUGA